AUGGAGAACAGAAUUAUGUUAAUUCUCAUCCUCAACAUGUCUCUGUUGAAUCACAUAAUUGCAGGAAGCGGGCCCUGUAAUAAGCUCCACUCCCAGCAGAUGAUAAGUUUCACUGGGGUUCAGGGGAGCGGGGGGCACACAAUCUCUGGCAAUAUCACAAUGGAUCAGUGUAGCGAAUCCUGCAUAAAUAACUGCUCCUGCGUUGCAGCCUUUUACAACAACAAUUCGAGUUUGUGUCGGCAUGCAACAGAGGUCUCAAGUUCGAGUCUGGUGCAAUCCGAUGAUAGAAGCGUUGUGGCGUUCUUCAAGAUCGAUUCGCCUGCGAUGGAGGAUGGCUUAAAGAAAAAGGGGAUGACUUUCGUAUUGUUCGUGAUAGCCCUGUGCUUGUUCACCCUAGUGGGUGUUGUGUGCCUUGCUGUGUUUUUCCUCUUCGGGACAAAGCAGGGCAGGCGCUGGGGCCUGGGGGAAUCGACGACGUCAGGGGAUCGAAACCCAGCAAAGGGAAAAAAUGUGAGGGACGAGGUUCUGAAGAUCAUUGCCCACAAUUUUGUUAAAUUGUUCCCACUCAAGGAAUUAGAGGCCGCAACCAGCGAAUUCAGCAUGAUUUUGGGCAAGGGCGGGUUCGGCAAUGUGUACCUGGGAAAGCUGUCGGACCAGUCGGAAAUUGCAGUGAAAAAGAUGGAACCUUGGGGUCAAGGAGAUCACGAAUUCUGUACCGAAGUGUCUAUUAUAGGGCUUUUACACCACCGGAAUCUCCUGCAACUUCGGGGCUACUGUGCCGACCAGAAGCAGAGGAUGCUGGUCUACGAGUACAUGCCCAACGGCUCUCUCGACGAAUGGCUGUUUAACAAGAAAGGUCGCAAGGUUCAAUCCCAGCGCGAGCAUCUCCCAUGGUCGACGAGGGUGAAAAUUAUUGUGGGUAUUGCACGCGGCCUGGCUUAUCUCCACCAUGAGUGCAGGAGACCCAUUGUGCAUCUGGACAUCAAGCCUGAGAAUGUUCUUUUGGACAAGGACUUUGUGCCCAAGCUCUCGGACUUCGGAUUCUCCAAGGUCAUGAAUUCUGACUCCAUUGUCUACUCCAACGCCAGGGGAACGCCCGGUUACAUGGCUCCAGAGUGGCUCAUGGAGUCCACAGUCAGCAGCAAGAGUGAUGUGUACAGUUUUGGGAUGGUUUUAUUGGAGAUUGUUGGAGGACGGAGGAACCAUGACCCCUCUAAGGAGGGUCAAGAGGACGUGUAUUAUCCCUGCUGGGCUAUGGCGAAAUUGGAGGAGGGCAUGACCAGAGACGUUAUUGAUGAGCGGAUUAGAGAAGUUGAAGGCAUCAGUAAUGAAGUUGUUGCCCAGGCAGACACUCUUCUCAAAGUGGGCUUGUCUUGUAUACAGAAGAGUGUGGGAGUGAGGCCUGCAGUGGACCAUGUUCUUAAUAUGUUGGAGGGUCUUCUUCCUCCUCCCUCUUCUGAAAGCUUGUCGUCCAUCUAUGUUUAUCCCUGUGGAGAAAAGCGGAAUGGGCAGACAAGGACAUUGCAUUCGACGAUUAUGAGCAUUAACAGAGUGGAAUUUGAGAGCCAGCCUAACUCCCUGCUUGCCAGUCCCAUCUCGGCUCAAGAUAGAUGGUAA